AUGUCCGGUGCAGGGGUGCUGACCUUCGGCGACGGCGGCCACGGAGGAAGAGGAGGCAGCCACGAGGGCCUGUUCGAGACCAACCAGCUGCUGAGGAGGGAGAGCAGCCAGGGCGCCGUCCAGCGGGCGCAGGCGGCCGCCGCCAAAGCCCGGGCUCUGGCCAUGUACGAGGGGGAGUUCGUGCAGGGGAAGUUCCAGGGCGCCGGCGUCUUCACCCGCUUCGACGGCACCCGCUUCGAGGGGGAGUUCAAAGGCGGAUGCGCGGCCGGAAACGGGGUGCUGACCUUCGGCGACGGCGGCCACGGAGGCAGAGGAGGCAGCCACGAGGGCCUGUUCGAGACCAACCAGCUGCUGAGGAGGGAGAGCAGCCAGGGCGCCGUCCAGCGGGCGCAGGCGGCCGCCGCCAAAGCCCGGGCUCUGGCCAUGUGA